UUCGGUUCGGUUCGGAUAUUUCGGGUUUUGGUUAGUCCGGAUAGGGGCUAGAGGAUCCAUUUAGUACUUGACCUAUUUUUGGUUCGGUCCGGUUCGGAUAGUUUCGGGUUCGGUUCGGUUCGGAUAGUAAAUGUAGGAACCGAAAAAUAUCCGGAAAAGUUCGGUUCUCAUUUGGAUCCGGUUCGGGUUCGGAUAGUUCGGGUAGUUCGGAUAAUUUGGAUAAAAUUUCGGUUAUUUAGGGUAAAUAUCAAAUAAUUAGGAUGAUUUAGAUAAAAAAUUUGGAUAUUUCGGAUUACUUUGGAUAUUUCGGAUAAAACUAUCUGCAUAGUUUCUGAUACUUUCGGAUAGUUUGGAUACUUUAUAAUAAUUUAGUUAUCCUCAACUAUUUUCAGAUACUUUUAAUAGAAUUUUAAAUUAAAAAUAUAUAUUUAGUGAUGUUAUAUGUGUAUAUAAUUAAUAUUUUUAUAUAUUCGGGUACCCGUUCGGUUCUCGGUUCGGUUCCGGUUCAGUUCGGUUAUUUCGGAUAUAAAAAUAUAGGAACCGUUCGGGUAUUUAAGGGUAUUAGUCCGGUUCCAGUUUCGGGUAUUUCGGUUCGGUUCCGGUUGGGUUCUUCAGUUCCGGUUAUUUUGCCCAGGCCUAGUUAGAGGUAACACAAAGAUGAAUAAUUAGGGAGGGAGCAGUUGCAAGUUGUUUGAAAUUUGAAACCAACACUUCAUCGCGUUUGUGUCAUCUCUGGAUUCUCGUUGUCUUAUAAGUAAAAAGCUGGGGCUUGUAGGGAUACAAACGUCAAGAGAGCCCCUUAUAAAUAGUUAAGAUUGUUGAUUAAUGCUCACAAAAUAAGAGUGUGAGAGAGUCUCCUAACUCGUGGUUGAGUCAUGCAGCUCAAAAGGUCAUCAUCAUCAUCAUCUACUCCAAUCUCCAUGAAACUCAAAACCAUGUUCCUAAACCUCAUCACACACUCUCUUUACAGUCUUUUACGGUCUCUCUCCAGAGCAAAAUCCAUCCUUAUAGAGAUAUCUAAACACAACAAGAAGAGGUUAUUCAUGAUGAUGUUUUACCUAAAAACGUCAUCCAUUCACCAACGCAAGGUCUUCUUCGGGUCCUCCUCCUCCCAUGUUGUCCAUGUAACUAACUCUUUCUCUAUCUCCCUACAUGCUGAUGAAGACGAGGAUGAUCAUGAGUCUGAGUACUUCGAGUGGCUAGAAGACGAGGUUGAUGAGAGUAAUAACAUUAAUGAUGAUCAUAGUGUUGGUGAUGUUGAUAUUGAUCGUUUGGCAGAUAUGUUCAUCGCCAGCUGCCAUGAGAAGUUCUUGCUGGAGAAGGUUGAGUCUUAUAGGAGAUACCAAGAUAUGUUGGAGAGGAGUUUGUGAGAAUUGAGAACUGAGAGAACCAACAAAGAGUGUUUGUUUUGUUCUAUGUUAAUUAAUUCUUGUUUGAUGGAUGUCUUAGUCAAUAAAAUGGAGAUGAAAUAUUUACAAACGUUAUUGUUUUAUUGAGAAACUUUCUACGUAUAUGGAGUAUUUACCGAAAAAUAUAAUAUUUUCGUAGGGGGUUUAACACAUAGAUUUUGAGAAAAAAUUCAAAAAUAUGAAA